AUGUCAGCCCCAAGAACUAAACCUUGGGAGGUCUCUCUGGGCACCCUGGCUGCUGCCGCUUCGGACCCUGUCUCGGCCGGAUCCGUGACAGCUCCCAGCUCCGACCUUACAGCGGCUCAGGAUAUCCCUGACAGACCUUCGUCUUUAACGAACCCAACAGGUCUUGAUUCCAUGGCUUCUCUGGGCUACGGCUCUGGUAUGGGCACCUCCCGCUACGGCUCAGGCCUAGGGCUGUCGAUGUACGGUUCAGGCUACGGCUCGUCGAUGUAUGGUGGCGGUGGUUUGGGCUCUUCUAUGUACGGAGGUGGCCUAGGGUCAUCCAUGUACGGUGGCUACGGCGGCUACGGAUCGUCCAUGUACGGUGGCUACGGUGGCUACGGCUCUGGCUACGGGUCGGGAAUGUACGGCUCAGGAAUGGGCUACGGCAACGGCAUGUAUGGCCAAAACGGCAUGAACGGGCCUGGCGCCAUCGCUGAGGGAACACAGGCCACCUUCCAGCUUAUAGAGUCGAUCAUCGGCGCCGUGGGCGGCUUUGCCCAGAUGCUAGAGGCCACAUACAUGGCGACCCACUCGUCGUUCUUCACCAUGAUCUCGCUAGCGGAGCAGUUUGGCAACCUCAAGAACGCCUUGGGCUCGCUUUUGGGCAUUUUUGCGCUCAUCAAGUUUGCAAAGAAAAUCUUUUACAAAAUCACCGGCCGUGUCUACGACCACGGCAUCUCCGCCAAGGAGUUCUCUAAGUUUGAGAACAAACAGAAGAAGUUGGAGGAGAACUUCAGAAGAUCUCAGCUGGGCCAGAAGUCUUCCCGCAUCUCCUUCAAGCCUUUGCUCUUGUUCUUGGCUGCCUCCAUCGGUUUCCCCUACCUUCUCAGCAAGGCCAUCCAAAAGCUCAACCAGCAAAACCAGCAAGCACAGCAGCGAAGACUCCAGGAGCAGGGCAUGGCUGCAGGUGGCCGUCAGCCCCUCGACCCGGAGUCCUUGGAGUUCGCCAAGGCCUUGUACGAGUUCAACCCUGAAAACCCUAACAUUGAAAUCGAGCUCAAGCCCAAGGAGCUCGUCGCCAUCUUGUCCAAAUUGGACCCCUUGGGCAACGAGAGCAAGUGGUGGAAGGUCCGUCUGCGGUCCGGUAAGGUUGGCUACGUGCCACUGAACUACUUGAGCAUCAUUGAGCGGAGAACGCCUCCCAAGCGGGUAGAAGCGGCUCCCUCCCCCAUGCCUGAGGCGGCAAAGUCAGACAAACUCGUGGACGAGUUUCAGAAAUUCCAGGCCUAG